AUGGGUAGUUCGAAAUGGGGAGUGUUAUUUGGUUUGUUGAUAUUGCAUGUCAUUGGGUACUCAAUCUUUCUUAAGGGAUUUUUUCCAUCCAAAGUGGUGGUACCAGGAUUUAAUGAAUUCCAUACGGGCCAAUCGCCUUUUAUGGAACAUAACGAAGCAAAAUUUGAUAAGUUGAUAUUAAUGGUUGUUGAUGCGAUGAGGUCGGACUUCUUAUAUUCGGACCAUUCGCAUAUGAAAUUUGUGCAUCAAUUGAUAAAUGAAAAUUGUGCAUUGCCAUUCACAAGUUAUUCCAAUCCGCCUACGGUGACGUUGCCAAGGUUGAAAGGGAUUACCACCGGGGGUACUCCGAGCUUUUUGGAUGCUAUUUUGAACAUUGCAGACGAUAAGGAUAACUCGCAAAGCUUAUUGAACCAAGAUUCUUGGUUGCACCAAUUUCAAAACAAUCUGAAGGUGUUUAACUUCUUUGGUGACGAUACAUGGUUGAAGUUGUUUCCUCCUGAAAAAUUUUUCAACCAAUAUGAGGGAACAAAUUCGUUUUUUGUCAAUGAUUUUACCGAUGUAGACAAUAACGUUACUAGACAUUUGAAUGAUGAUUUGUUUAAUUCUAAAUGGGAUGCAUUAAUUUUACAUUAUUUGGGACUUGAUCAUAUCGGACAUAAGGGAGGUCCCAAUUCUAUAUUUAUGCGAGGAAAGCAAGAAGAGAUGGAUGGCAUUAUAGAGAAGUUAUAUAAAGAAACUAUCGAUUCGAAUACAUUGCUAGUGGUAAUGGGUGAUCAUGGUAUGAAUGAAAUUGGUAACCACGGUGGAUCUUCAAUGGGUGAAACUAAUCCAGGUUUAUUAUUCGCUUCACCAAAAUUCAAAAUGCUUAAAAAAAAUUUAAAGAGCCCCUUAGCUUAUAAUAAUGACUACAAAUAUUACAAUUAUAUCAAUCAAAUUGAUUUAGUUCCUACAUUAGCAACUUUGCUAAAUUUUCCUAUACCAAAAAAUAACCUUGGUAUAGUUAUAAAGGACAUUCUUGGUCUUUGGAAACCAGAAGCCCAGAAAUCGAUUUUAAUGGAAAAUUCUGAGCAAUUCAUGAACAUAUAUGAAGCCAAGCAUGCAAACGACACUGAUAUAAUUAACGAAUGGAAGAAAUCGCAAGAUUCAGGGUCGAUUGAUGUACAUUAUGAUUUCCUAUCAAAGAUUCAGGGUCUAUUAACGUCUGCUGCAACGGAAUAUAAAUAUGUCGAUAUAUAUAUAGGGCUAUCCAUUUUAGUCGCUAUGGCUAUUGUCGCAUUUGGUUUAUUUAAUUGGUAUUUUCUAGUACAAGCAACUAUAAACCCAAAAUAUAAUUGGUAUUUUAUUGGGAUAUCAAUAGUUUAUUCAAUUCAUUUUCAUGCAUCGUCCCUUAUUGAAGAAGAAUAUCAAAUUUGGUGGUUCUUUAGUAUAAUAUGUCUUUUUGCAUUAUAUUUUAACAACCAUUUGAAAUCAUUAAAGUAUUUUUGGCUUAUUUUAGUUGGUUUAAGAAUUAUCAGAUCGUGGAGCAUUACGGGUCAAAAAUUUACAACACCUUACACCUUCUCCGCGUACUUGUUGCAAAAUGUGGAUCUAUUAUGGGUUUUGAAUAUAGCUACUUAUUUUUUAACUGCUAUACUUAUUUAUUCUCAAGGGAGUCUAAUACAUUGUGUUACUUUGAGAGAAUAUGAGUCACUUAGGGAGAAUGUAAAAGACUUCGGAAGUCUAGUUACAUUUAUUGUUACCUUUGUUACUUGUUCGAUCUCAUUUCUGUUCAAGCUUUGUCAAUAUUUCAAUGAUGGUAAACGUGUUCCGGAUUGGUUACUUGCAUUCUUAAAUUGGACGUGUGAAUCAUAUGGCAUCACAAUAGAUCCGAAAGAGAAGAAUCAAUUACAUGAAUUAAAUAUCCAUCUUUCAAAGAUUUUGUUCUACUGCAUAGGAGUUUUGAUUAUAGUUCGAAUUGUUUUAGGAAAAAUAAGAAAACUCCACUAUGGUCUAUUAACUGAUUUAUCAAAUGUUUUGACCCUUUUCUUACUUCACCAGUCAAGGCCAGAGAUUGUUCCGAUAUUUCUUAUAUUUUCUUUAGUUAAGUUUCUGGCGGCGAAAUUGUUGGCUAAUAACGAAAUCGUUUUACGGAAGAAUAUUGACCAAUUAAUGAUAAUUAUUACCCUAUUCUCGCUAUGCAUGCAAAAUUUGUCAUUCUUUUCUAUGGGGAAUACUAAUCUGUUGGCGACGGUAGAUUUAUCAAAUUCGUAUAAUGGGUUUAAAUCGUAUGAUGUCUUUUUAGUAGGAGUUUUGACAUAUUGUUCCAACUUUGCAGGGCCAAUAUUUUGGUCUUUAGCUUCUUUACAAUUGAUAUUCGAAAAUAACGUUGUUUGUUUUGAUACUAAAAAGUCAUCUAAGGACCUUGUUAACUUGAAAUUUUUGAAGUACCAAAUAUUAUACGUAAAAUCUUUGGCAGGAUUUCUUUUUUACUCAAUGGCCGGGUUAAGUUUGGUCGCUUCUUGUUUUAACUUAAGAUUUCACUUAUUCAUCUGGUCAGUAUUUUCACCCAAAUUAUUAUUUUUCGCCAGCUGGACUCUUUUGACUAACAUAUUAAUCGAUACGAUUUCGUCAUUAAGUAUUUUAGCGUUAUGUUAA